AUGACGGAGGCGGCCGCUACGUUCGCUCGUGACCUAGACCAACAAACUACAGUAGACGACGUUGACGACGAGGAUGUUGCCUCCGAGCCUGAACAUACCCACGCCGAAGAGCCCAAAUUGAACGUGGACCCUGUACAAGAGUUCCUCAAACCGUUAGUCCUAGAGGAAUCGCGACUCUACAAUCUAGCUCGUCGCUUCUCGGACGUAUACCGACAUCUAGCUCUGACAUCUGAUCAACAGUUCCUGCCGACGCCUGUGACACAACUACCGACUGGUGAGGAAGUGGGGCGUUAUUUGGCGAUUGAUGUUGGAGGUAGUAAUCUACGGGUAGCGUUUAUUGAGCUGUUGGGUGAAGAUGCGGAUUCAGAUAAAAGUCCCGGCAGUGCUUCGGAAAGGUCACGCGAUACGAUCCGCAAGGCUCAACGACAGCGUGUGAGACGGACACUGGAAAAAGCAUGGCCCAUCCAGGAACAUUUGAAGAAGGACAAAGCAGAAGACCUGUUUUCGUGGAUAGGCGAUUGCGUCGCCGAAGUUAUAGCCGACAGUCUUUCUUCGGAUGCUACCAAGGGAGAUAUUCCGGAGGAAUUGGAAAUGGGCAUUACAUUCAGUUUUCCAAUAAUGCAGGAAUCAGUGGACGAGGCUACGCUCAUGCCAAUGGGCAAAGGGUUUGCAAUCACAUCCGAUCUGAAUUUGCGCAACAUGCUCCUUUCAGGUUAUGAAAAGCAUACAAGACGAAAUGAUGACGACGAGCCAUCGUCCAAACGACGGAAGCUCUAUGCGCUUCCGAAAUUGAAAAUUGCCGCCAUUACCAAUGACACCGUUGCGACUUUGGUCUCGUCGGCCUACUGCGUAAAGUCAUUACCCAAUAGCCGUGUUACAAUGGCUAUCAUCGUGGGGACGGGCUGUAAUGCGACGAUACCCAUGUCACUGAGUGAUUUACACGAAUCCAAGGCUAAGCUGGUCAGUUCAAGAGACCCUAUGGCUACGCAAACAGUAGUCAACACAGAAAUCACAAUCUCGGGUGCAGCGGCUCCGCUGAAAGAGCUCAACAUUGAGACGAAAUGGGAUAUUGAACUUGACAGGGCAUGUUCUCGACCUGGUUUCCAGCCCUUUGAAUAUAUGACUGGUGGACGAUACGUUGGCGAACUCGUACGAAUUAUAUUCUUCGACUAUCUUACCAACGUACUCGGAGUCACCAAGAAAGAGUUGCCGGCCAAUUUGGUUCAGGAAUAUGCACUCUCCACAACCUAUAUUUCCCACAAAGUUGCGCGUAGUCGAUCAGACCAGGAAUUAGCAGUGGAACUGACGCGGUCCUUGCCUCCGCCGGAAUCGAGUGAAUGGUCGUGGACUAAAGACACAGCAGGCGCAUUCCGGAAAAUCGCCCGAGCUGUUCAAACACGGUCAGCAGGGCUGAUUGCGUCUGCAGUCGUGGGACUCCUCGCAUGCACACGAGAGAUUCAACUGCGAGACGACAGUGCACGAAACUCACCUCAACCUCCCCUAGGCGAAGAAGAUCCUUCUCUGAACUCCACCACAUCCACAUAUCAAGACAACCAAUUCUCAGCUGCAGUUACAUCCGCCGUAACCGCAGCUGCGAAAUCACUCUCAACAACGAGCGGAAACAAUACUAAUAAUCAACGAGGUCUCAUCGUACCCGUCCUCGCACCAGCCCCAGCAGACUGGCAAUCCGGCCCCGAAGAAUUGGUCGUCGCCUACACUGGAGGCAUCAUCCAAAAUUACCCCAACUUCAAGGAAACGUGUCAGUCAUAUAUCGAUCGCAUGAUUAUGCGCACGGGUCCUCAGAAGAGUGGCAAGUCUGUGUUUUUACGGGAGGCUUCUGAUGGAGGUGUGAUUGGGGCUGGGGUUCUUGCUGGUAUGGUUGCUGGAAGGGUUUGAUAAUUAUCUCGUCCUUUACGUUAAGAAUGGUGUCAUUGGGAAUUGAGAAGAGCAGUGAGCACAAGUGAGAUGAAGAGAUUCGAGAUACUAUAUAGGAGUUGGGGGUUCGGUGUUAGUAUGAGGUUGGCGUUCUCUUAUAGCCUAGG